AUGAAAACUGUUAUUGUUCUCAUUGUCGCACUGUACUUCACAUCAACACACGCCGCUGGUGAUAAAAAUUACUGUAGUACUAAUCCCUGUGGAAUAGCAGGUUAUUUCAAUGAAACACGAGGUUAUCGAUGCCUCCAAGUGGGCGCCAGUGCUUUAUGUACAUGCCCUGGACAUAAAUACACGUUCGACAGACCAUGUCGUCUUUGUGGUAACCAAAAUGCUAGUGAGGAUGCCUGCACAAAUAGCAACGGAAAUUUAAUACUGUGUCUCGAAAGUGAUGACUGUGGAACAUCAUUCUCUUGUCUGUGCAACGACACGGCGGGAAAUAGUGUACAGACAACGAACGCUGACUGUGAUUUAACUAAACCAUUACAAUGUUCGUCAACAACAAAUCCAGGAACGGGUCCAUCGCCAUGUCUACAUGGUGGUGUCUAUUCCGGCGGCAUCUGUCAUUGUCCAAGCGGUUAUGGUGGAGCAGUUUGUCAGAAUCGCGAUGACCAUAAUUUAUGUGAGAGAGUCACAUGUAAAACCGGCUUUUGUGCCACUCAACCUCCUCAAGGUCCUCAUCAAGCAGUUUGUCUCUGUCCUUAUGGCACAUGGGGAGAAUAUUGUGAAAUGAAAGGAACACCGGGCUUUUGUUUAUCAGGUUUAUGUUUAAAUAACGGAGCAUGUCAGGAGAAUGUUAUCGGAUCGACACGAUUCGCUUAUUGUAAAUGUGCACCAGGUUUCAAUGGUACCAAAUGUGAAUCUAAUUAUUUCUCUUGCGCUUCUGCUGGCUUCUUUCAAGACACUUAUAUGCAUGAACAAGGCAAAUAUUUCGAAUGUAGAACUGUUACUGGAGGAUUACGUGCCGAAGAAAGAUCAUGUCCAAAAGGACUUCGCUUCAAUGCGACCAGCCGACUAUGCUUAAUAUAA